AUGAAUGAACGAGAAUUAAGGAUUAAUAAUUCCUUUAAUGAAGUUCAGUUAUCAUCAUCUCUUCACAACGAUGAUAUUAAUUCCUCCCGUUUAUCAUUUGAGUCUAAAAAUGCAACGAAACACACAAAAUUAGCGAGAAUCCGUUCUUUUAAAGACGAUUUUUUAGAGAAAAUUUCCCAAAUGAGAACACCUAUGAAUACCAGUACACUUAAUAGACCUAAUUCUCCAAAACACAAGAAGGCACAACAACAGCUUUUUUAUGAUGACACAAAACUUUCACAUGAUCUUGAGUAUCACGUACGACAGGCUAAAACUGCAUUAACACAUUUUAACGAUGUCAUUAAUAAAAAUAAAUUGGAAAUGUUGCCGGGAAAUGGGACAAUAUUGAUCGAAACUAUUGCAAACAUCAAUUCAUCAUUAAAGAGUAACAAGUUUUAUGCUAAAAGUAGUGUAAUACUUUCAUUGAUUCAGCAACUACAAUCGUCUUUGGGGAAAAUCAUAAAAAUUUGUGAUGAUGCUCUCAUUAGUGAAACAGAAAAUGAUUUUAUUGCACAAAAUAAGGAAAAUAUAAAUGAAUUGGUUGUGCAACUUCAUGAAGGUGUCAAUGUAAGUUUAUUGCAGUUAUUGCGCGUUAUUUCCACCCUCUUAUUCUCUCUGUCUCUUUUUGUUUCAUACAUAAAGAAUCUCGUUGAUAUAGUAAAAGAAAAGAAAUCAUUAGACUUAGUUAAAAAUUAUCAACAGUCAAGUUUUGAUAAUGUUGACAUUGCUGGACAAAGUCAAAGAAACUCAUUACCAGAUAUAACGCCAAAGGAAGAAAAGCAACAAUUUUAUUCAUCAUUAAACCGUUCGCAUCUUGUUAAAAAGUCACAAAGCAAUGAAAAUAUUUUAGAAUCUCCACCUCCUAAACCAAGUCGACAGUUGAGUUCUGCACCACCAUUGCCGCCAAAGAGAAGCAUACUAACAACAUUAACAACUGUAACAACAAAAGAUUCAGUCGAUAAUUCAUUUUUGAACCCUGAUAAUGAUAAUUUCUUGAAGCCCAACGAUAAAUCGCCUGAUAAGAAUUCAAGUACAAGUAGCUUAUGUUCCAUGCUACUUGAGAGUUGUGCUCUCGAGACCAAAUACAAUGAAGAAUCAACAAUCAAGUCAUCAUAUCGGACGUCAAGUGACUCUGGUUCUAUGUCAAUUAAUUCACAAAGUAAUAUGAUAAAGCAGCAUCAACGUCAAAUAAUUAUUAAUUCAACUGAGCAUUUAGAUAAUGAUUUAAACAGUGAGCAUAGUUUUCGGGAAGAACGUGAAUCAUACUCGUCGAGUAACUCACUUAUGAGUACAACUAAAUUUAAUAUUAGUAGUGAACUUCCACCUCCUUUACCGAUGAAAACCAGACGCUCGGAUCAUCAUAAAUCAGUAUAUGAUAAUGUAGAUUGUACAGAAAGUAAUCAAUCAAUAGUCACAACCACAGUAUCUUCAUCAAAUUCAUCUUUAGCAUCAUCUUCUUUAAAUUCAAGUGCUUUGAAUGUAACGUCGUCUAAUGAAAAUAAUAACUUUGACUUUGAGCAAUUAUAUCCAUUUAAUAACAAAAUUAAGUAUAUUAGCUGUAUUGAACCAAGAAACUUAUUAAUGGGUAAUAAUUCUGAUGAAAAACCACCUUUGCCGCCAAAGAAAAAUAAACAUAUGUUUCAAAGUGUUGCAUAUUCAGUCAUGGCAUAUAUGGAAAUUUUUGGCAACGCAUCUCAUAGUAGUCACACGUCAAGCCAAAAUCUUUUGAUUACGAGGCAUUCAAUGCACACUUUCGCUCAGUCAUCUAACUUUAAUAGUCAAGAAAGAGUAUUCUUUGAAGAAUCUAAUUCUUUAUUACCUCCUGUAUCAAGUGAAUCAGAAGAAUUAAAACCAGCACUCCCACCAAAGAAAGUACGGUUAAACUCAAGAACUCCCUCAACUCCCCCUUUAAGUCCUAAAAUUGAAGAAUUCGUGCCAGAAAUUGAAACGACGAAUUCGGAAGAAGUAGAAUUAAACAACGAAUUGCAAAAGCCUUGCAUCAACAAUAUUAGCAAUGAACUUAAACACCAAGAAAAAGAAGAAGUCGUUUUACGAAGGAAAUCAAAGACAACCCCUGAUUUGAUAGAAGAAGUAGAAGUAGGCGAUCAUCUUAUCUUCAAAAAAGAGGAAGAAGAUGGUCCAGAUAUAAAAGGUGGGCAUGCAGAUGCUCUCAUUGUCCAUGCAACAAAAGUCCAAAAAGUAUCGGAAGCAUUUGGUGAAGCAUUUUUGUGCACAUUUCGUACCUUUAUUGAACCGUAUCAUCUAGUCGAAAAAUUAACUCAUCGCUAUUCAUUUUUUAUUUGCCAUAACCAUGAUCAAAAGCAGAAAGCAGCAAAGGAAUCGUUCUCUCUAUUAGUUCGUGUAGUCAAUGACUUGACCAUACCUGACCUAACUGUAAUACUAAUGCAAAAACUUAUAACUUUUGUCCAUGAUCUUAUUAUAUCUGGUGAAAUUCUCAUGGCGAAAUUGUUAAGAGCUAAAAUAAUCGAGAAAGCCACGAUGCUUAAACAAAAGCGUUCUACUACACAAAGUUAUUUAUCGUCUCUACCAAUAAUUAGCAAUCAACCUACGCUCCUUCACUUGAAAUCAACUGAGCUUGCUGAACAAAUGACGAUACUCGAUGCAGAGUUGUUUCAGAAAAUAGAAAUUCCCGAGGUACUUUUAUGGUCACAACAACAAUGCGAAGAAAAAUCGCCAAAUUUAACUCUAUUUACUGCACAUUUUAAUAAAUUGUCUUUUUGGGCAAGAACUCAGAUAUUGAAGCAACAGGAUGCAAAGGAACGGGAGAAAUAUGUCAUGAAAUUCAUUAAAAUUAUGAAGCAUUUAAGAAAAAUUAAUAAUUAUAAUUCAUAUUUAGCUAUACUGUCAGCAUUAGACUCAGCCCCAAUAAGAAGAUUAGAGUGGCAGAAGAACAUUACAGAAGGAUUGAAAGAAUAUUGUGCUCUCAUUGAUUCAAGUUCGAGUUUUCGAGCAUACCGACAGGCAUUGAGUGAAACGACGUCCCCAUGCAUACCUUAUAUUGGAUUGGUGCUGCAAGAUUUGACAUUUGUUCAUAUCGGAAAUCCAGAUUGCUUACAGGACGGUUCGAUAAAUUUCUCCAAACGUUGGCAACAAUAUAACAUCGUUAUGAAUAUGAAACGAUUCCGCAAUAGUUCUUAUGCAUUCAAAAGGAAUGAACGAAUUAUAGGAUUCUUUGAUAACUUUGAAGAAUGCUUCGACGAGGAUGUAAUGUGGCAAAUAUCAGAGAAAAUAAAACCAAGGAUUAGCCGAAAGGUCGAAUAA